AUAACACCACAGUUAAAUACUAGCAUCAUCAUGUUUCACCAUUAUUGUCCUGCUGCAUUCAUGAUGAAGUUUUGUGUUAGGUUUCAGCCACACAUAGGCCAAAACCUUUUAAAGAGGCGGCGUUACGUAUUUUACAGGCACAUUGUGCUAAUGUAUAGCACAGUCAAGUAACUGUUACCUCAGAUUGCUAUAAAAAUGCUCAAUGUAUCAAACGUGACAAGAAAAGAAAUUUGAUUUUGUAAUUUAACACCGUGAAGUUGGGCCUCUAACUACUCUUUCCGACGCUCUGCCUUCGACAUGUCACCACGACGUUUCUGUAUUCAGCGUUUAACGUUUUUACCAGCAUUGCUCUGAGAAGCUCAGCGGAUGUGCAGAGUGGGUGAGUACCAGGACGGAGCUACUCUAGGGGCAGGAGCUCGGCUGGAAGCUGCAGCUCCCAGGAGGAGCUUCGUCCUCGAAGGCGGAGCUAGGUUCCACCCAGGCAUUUUGCUCAGCUGAAUGGUUGCCAUAAGGGAUUAAAGGAUUUUCUUAAACAUGCAUGAAAGAAUCAAAGCAACACUGACUUGAUGAGUUUUUGAUGAGUGAAUGACAUUAGAACAUGAAGUAAUGCUCAAAAAAGUUGAUUUUACAUAAUACUGCCCCGAUGAUUUUGCCGUUAUCUGACCUAGAGCAUCUUCUUCCUCCUGUCUGCUCUGUCCCCUACCUGACUGAUGGCAAACCGCAAACCAGAUUUCUACUAACCUUCGUUCAGCAUCGACUUUGUUUUUGCAACUCUUUCAUAAAGGCCGGAAAAGUUAACAACUUAUCCCACCUGAGGUUUGUCUCUGCAGCUCCUCCAGAGUUACUAUGGGCCUCUUGGCUGCUUCUCUGAUUGACGCCCUUGUUGCCCGGCCUACCAACUGAUGGUAGUCUGCGCUGCCGAGGAGUCCCAAGGCCAAGACAAAGAGGAGCUCUCUGUCCCGUCCAAAGUUCAAACUGCAGCACACCGCUGUCUCCACAGCGGGGCACUUGUCCUCUGUAAUCCAGGAACUCCCAACCUGCCUCACCACGACUGCAGAACGGAGCUUCAGCUGCAGGAACCCGCUGACGCAGAGAGCAGUGCUGCGCAUUCAAAGAGAGGGAGUCUGAACUACCACCUGUGCACGGGGCAUCCUGACAGUCAGAAUACACAUGAACCCUCUUCAGCGGACAAGCCAUCGUCUGGACGGAGCUGCCGCUGGGCCCUCUGCCUCCUGUCCUUGGUCUUCGUCAUCCAGGGACUCUUUACGUCCCUCCUGGCUCUGAUCAACAGCCUCGUGACGCUGGUCGUUCCACGGCUCCUGCACGGCUCUGGAGCCUGCAGCGUCCUGGUCUAUCUGGACCCGGGCCUCUCCAUGCUGGCUGUCAUCACUCUGAUUGCAACGUCUGUGCCGCAGGUGUACAGGUACGGCAUGCUGCUCCUUCAGGCCUCGCCUCCACACAUGCGCGUGUCUGACAUCGGCCGGAGGCUUGCCGGCGUUCCCGGGGUGCAGGCUGUGCACGAGCUCCACGUCUGGCAGCUGACUGAGUCGCUCACAGUGGCCUCUGUCCACGUCCACUGCCACACCGGGUUUACGUCGAACAGCUAUGCUGAUCUGAUGUCAGGAGUCACCAAAGUGCUGCAGAACGAGGGUGUGAGCUGCAGCACUAUUCAGCCAGAGUUCACUUCCUCGUCUUCCUCGAUCAGAGGAGAUGAAGCCGCCACCUUCGUCCACAGAGAGGACCCCUGCUCUCGUCCUCUCCCACCCUGCAGCCUUGCCUGUGGGAAAGCCUGUGCAGCCAGCAUGUGCUGCUCCCUCCUGGAACGGACGGAGGAGCAGACCCGGAGCGUUCAGAGACCAGGAACUGGAGAGAGCAAGGAGGAUCCUCAGACUCUGGUCAUCGAGAACACGUUCCUCUGACUCUCUGUUUUUACCUGAUAAGAAGGUGAAGGCGGAAAAUAGCACAAGAUGUUAUUUUCUGUUAGUGUUUUUAUGUAAACAGGUGUUAUUCCAAAGAUUUUCAAUCCAUUUUUGUUUCUUUAUUUGAUUAUGGAAAUGCUUUACUUUUUCAAUUCCAUAUGGGUGAUGUUAAAUAAAUUACAGUAUUACAUAAAAUCAACUUUUUGGGUGUUACAUUAUGUUAUUAUGUUAUUCCCCAAAAACAUACUUGGAGUGUUACUUUGACUGUUUCAUGCAUGUUUGAGAAAUCCUUUCAGCUGUGCUAAAUGCCUGGGUGGACUUAGCCCCGCCUUUGUGACAAAGCCCCUCCUUGGAGGGGCAGCCUCAAGAAACAACCCUCUCCUGGGGGUCCCCCUUGGAGUUCCUUCAGACUAGCCAGCAGCAAUUAGCAAACACCUGGUGGAGCUGAGCAUCAGCUGAGCUCAUUACACAAGCUGCUUCUCAGUGCAAUGCUGGUAAAAACGCUGUUUAAGGGUUAAUAGAGGAGCGGUGUUGUGACAACGGAAAACUGAAACGGAGUUUCAAAAAAAGCAGGAGUUUUUAAAGAGACGGAGACCCAAUUUCAAGGCCUUAAGUUGCCAAGUAAUUUUUCUUUUAAGUUAUUUUCAGGGAUAGGGUUAGGUCCAAUCGAGCCUUUGCUUUCCAAACAUGGAGCAGAAUAAACAGAUGGAACAAACAAGAGAAACACCCAUAGAUUGAGAAUAUUAAAAUUAACAUGGACUCGUUUUAUAGAAAAUGGUGCGGUUUUUCUCUUUUAAUAAAAAGCACCUCAGUGGUGCAGCAACAAUCAAGACACUGGCCACUCUAAUGAUAUAAAACUCUCUAAACACCUAAUAUAUGUGCAUCAACAGAUAAGCAUAGCAACAGAGAGAGAACAUACCUAGUAUUGAAAGGUUUAUUGAAUUUUCUUGUCCUCCCAAGGCCACAGAUUUCAUUCCCUCAGGCUUCCUCAGCACCAGACACUUCCACACUUCCUCCAGGCAGAUGGCCUCCGUCCCCCACAGCAUCUGUAUGUUGAAGCUUUCACCAGCAGGCUGCGUUCUCAUCAUCAGGAGUGUGGGAUGCAAACCAAUGACCGCAGGUCAUCUCUGAUCCCGCAGAAUAGAGUUUGGCGAGAGUGGGGGAAUUUGACCAUAGUCUGAAAAUUCCCCCAAAUUGGUUGAUUUGAUGGCAUUGCUUGGACAUUAAUUAUUUACUUGAGUUGAAAAUCAACUGCAGAUUUUUUUUUCUUUUAAAUCUUUUAAAAUCGAGAUAAAUUUUCUGAACCUAAUAGAUGGGAGGAAAAAAAAUCCAAAGCCAUGGAUGAUGAAGAGUGGGGCUUCUGUGCGUCACUGCAGACCAGACUGCAUGUCAGCUGUUUGAGCUUAACAGCUGAUUUAACUUGUUCAAAAAUAAAGUUAUCAAACAGACAAAAAUAUAAAGCUAUGUGGAAAUUCUUUAUAUAAUAAUGUAAAUAACUGGUAAAGAUAAAUGAUGUAAGAAAAUAGAAAAUGCUAGCAGAAGAAACAAGUAUUUCCAACCUAUUUUUCAUAAAACUAACUUACAGUAGGUAUUGUAUAAUAGUGCUGUCAUUCCAAUAAUGAUAUCAUAUUAUACAAUGCAAUACAAUAACAUACAAUAUUUAGAUUGUUGCACUUUUCAGUUCAUGGGUAGUUCUAUUAUAUAAGUAGGGUUGCCACCUUUCAGAAAUAAAAAUAAGGGACGCCCACCGCGGCACGUCGUCCUACUCUUAUGGGGUGGGACGUCCGCUGCAGUGAUAGACAUUAUUUUAUGGCGCCGUUUUUUGUUUUUAAAACGUUAUCCAUAGAGCAAUCGUUCAUGCAUAGAGGUCAGUUAGAGUAUCCCAAAAUUGUCCUCCAAUCAGAGUAGCACACCUUAAACACGUUUAAUUAAGCAAGUGUAAAAAGUAUUUGGUAAACUGAUCAUAACACCUGAUUUAAUAUUCAAAAUGUAUCCUCAGACAGCCAAAAGUAUAAAAGUUAUGUGAACAUUCUGGUAUUUUAGUCGAAAUAUAUCAGCAUUUCAAAAUAAAGCAUACAGAAAGCAUUAACAAACCUUUCAAAGUAGGAAAUAUUGAUGUCUAUUUGUAUGAUUUGUUCCUUAAAUGACCAUUAGCAUUAUUUUGGCUGAUAUUAUUAAUAAGCAAAUGGUUCCAUUUUCCUUCUUUGUACAAAACUUAUUAUGUCAUGGUAAUAAUAAUUGUUUGUAUUUGUAUCAAAGGGUUCUGAGUGUGUAUAGUGUCAUGCUCACUGAUAUUAUUAUGAAGUUUUUAUAAUGUUUAAUGCUUUAAUGCUUGUUGUAAAUGACCACUGAUGAUCAUUGCUUAUUAGGCUGUUUUAUGGUUUUAUCAGAAUAAAUGGAGAAGUGCAGCAAAUGUUAGUUUUUUUUUCAUUAAAGUAUCAAACAUCAUAAAAUAUUUUACACUGAAAGAAAUAAAUGUACAAUUUUUUGAAAUUCUGUACGUCACUGAUUUAGAGAACUGAUUUAUCAGCUUUGAGUGCUUUUUGAAAUGGUAAUUUUAUAUUUAGAUAUGCCCUGCUUGGUGAUGAAAUAAAACAUAAAAGCUAUCUACUCAUUAACGUUGAUUAAAGACAGCUUUUUGGAUAUUAAUAGAUUUUCUAAUUGCUCCUAGUAUCAAUUGCUGCACAUAUCCUUUAUCAUGGUUAUGAAUGUUAUGUUUUUUUCAAGCUGAUGAUCAGUUGUCAGUUUUU